AUGUCCGAGUCCGAUACGAAAGGUCUACCCUGGUCUAAUCGCAAGCGACUUAUCGUCUGUUGCGAUGGCACCUGGAAUUCUUCUAUUCAAGACUCGUUCCAACCCCCUACCAAUGUGACUCGACUGAGCAGAGCAAUCAGUCGCGAAGGGGUAACCGACGAAGGCGGCGUUAAGAAGCGUAUAUCGCAGAUAGUUUAUUACCAACAAGGGGUAGGAACAGGCGCUCUCUUGGGCGACAAGCUAGGCGGCGGAGCAAUCGGCAUAGGUGUCAGCGCGCACGUCCGAGAAGCCUAUGGCUUCCUUACCGAUAACUACGACGAUGGAGACGAGAUCUUUUUCUUUGGCUUCUCUCGCGGCGCCUAUACAGCACGAGCCGUAGCAGGGUUAGUCACAAACUUGGGCCUUCUCACCCCGCGAGGUAUGGACAACUUUACGACGAUAUACAAUGCGUACUAUCACCGGGCCAAUUCUGCACAGGAACAUGAUUAUCAAGACCAGCAUUGGAGAGAUAGCGUCGGGUUCCGUCAACGUUUACCCAGAUUCACGAUUAAGAUAAUCGGUGUUUGGGAUACGGUGGCAUUCCACAAUAGCUGGAUCAGCCGAAUGCUGGGAGAGCAGCUUGAAUUACCUGACACUAUCCUCUCGCCGGAUGUUCAGCAUGCAUUCCAAGCCCUAUCGUUGGACGAAACUAGAAACACGUAUAAGCCUGUCCUCUGGCAUCUGCUGAAAAAGCAUGAUGGACAGGAGCUUCUCCAGGUCUGGUUCUCGGGGUAUCAUUCUGAUGUGGGUGGUGGAGCAAAGAACCCCCGACUGUCUGAUAUCACUCUGGCGUGGAUGGUGGGACAGUGCACGAAGGACAACCAGCUGAGCAUUGACAUGGAUUACUUCCAUGCUUCCCGUUCAUCUCCAUCGGCUGUGACAGCGGAAGAUACGCCCUGGGCUACGGGCCUGGGUGUGGCUAAUCCUGUGAAAUGGGGUAUUGCACGCCUCUUGGAGAGUUUUAGAGGCUGCUCGGCUCGGACACCGCUGGGAUAUUCAGAUAAUAGUGGCGGCUGGAACGAUACCCACGAAAGGAUCCACGAGUCUAUCAGGGACCGAAAUAUCAGCUCAUCAUCCAGAGAUGGCUACUGGCCGUCAAAGGUGUUGACGGGACAACGCGGCGUCUUGGGGUGGUCACUAGUAGGUGGCCGCUAUAUUGGACAGUUUGACGCAUCUAGAGUGGAAAGGGAAUUGAAGGGUAGGAUCAGGAAAGUGCAUCCAACAGAAUGGGAUUUGGAUUAA